UAGUCUAUAAGCUAUAUCGAUCAUUACUUAAUCAUUUGUGUUCGUGUUAAUUAAAGUUCCUUUCCAUAUCGUAGAUGGAUUCAAGUCAAUUAUUGUGUGAACUUCAAAUUCAAUCUCACGUGCCAAAAAAUUUCAUAUGGCCAAAGGAGUAUCUAGAGGAUGCUCAUGAAGAGCUCCAAGCACCAGUGGUGGAUCUUGAAGGGUUUCUCAAAGGGGACAAUGAGGCCACACAACAUGCUGCUAUGCUCAUAAAUGAAGCUUGUUUGAACCAUGGUUUUUUCCAAGUCAUUAAUCAUGGUGUUGAUCUACAUCUCAUUACUCAAGCUUAUGUUCAAAUGGACACUAUUUUUAAACUCCCACUUCAUAGGAAAGAGAGUGUUUAUAAGGCACCUGGUUCCAUGUGGGGCUAUUCUGGUGCUCAUGCUCACCGUUUCUCUUCUAAGUUGCCUUGGAAGGAAACUUUCUCUUUCCCCUACCUUGAAAAUGCAGUCGAGCCUGUCGUCACUAACUACUUCAAAUCUACCCUAGGGGAUGAUUUUGAACAAGCGGGAGUGACAUUUGAGAAGUACUGUAAUGCAAUGAAAGAGCUGGGAAUGAAUCUAACAGAGCUAUUGGCAAUAAGCUUAGAAGUGAAUGAUCGGUUACAUUAUAGGGAGUUGUUUGAAGAAGGUUGUUCCAUUAUGAGGUGCAACAAUUACCCAUGUUGCAAGCAACCUAGUCUUGUCCUGGGUACAGGCCCUCAUUGUGAUCCAACCUCAAUAACACUACUUCAUCAAGAUCAAGUUGGAGGUCUUCAAGUUUUUGUUGACAACAAGUGGCAUACGGUUCAACCCCUUCCUAACGCAAUAGUUGUGAAUAUUGGAGAUACCUUCAUGGCAUUAUCAAAUGGAAGGUACAAGAGUUGCCUACAUAGGGCAGUGGUUAACCAGCAUAAGCAGAGAAGGUCGUUGGCUUUCUUUCUAUGUCCCAAAGAAGAUAAGGUGGUGAGACCCCCUCAUGAUAUUAUUAGCAGAGAUGGGACCAAACAGUAUCCAGAUUUUACAUGGUCAGAUUUGCUUGAAUUCACUCAAAAUUAUUACAGAGCAGAUGAAUCCACACUCUCAAAUUUCACCAACUGGUUGCUAUCUUCCAAAUCACAAAACUUUACGUUAAUCAACAAAUAGAUUCUGUUGUUAUGCUACUUUAUUUUUAUAAGAGGUUCAAACGCAAUCUUUCCUUUAAAUUCUCCCUGUCGUUUUCCUACAUUGCAAAACUUCCUACUAUAUGUAUUGCAUUUUAUAUGUAU